UCUUCCCUCCCUCUGACGCCUUAGAAUCGAUGCCCGCGAGUUCUUGGAUGGGACGCCCGGUUUCAACGGCCGGAGCACGCGGCAGCCAUUGACCGCGUCAGGCAACCAUGAUCUGAGGUCGUGACUGAGGGAAAGGGAUUUGGUGGAAGCACGUCGUGACUAAAAGCCUUCCCUUCCACCUCCUCGAUCAGGAGGAUGAAGAAGGUGAAGAGACUCCUGAGGCUGGGGAAGAAGAAGAAUGAGCGACAGUCUCCGUCGCGAAGCGGCGUCGUGGCUUGCGCCUCAGCCCCAGGCGCUCUCAUCUGUAGCGGCGGCGGUGGCGGCUAUAACGAACGGGAUAAAGCUGUCAGCCUUAAGGAGUAUGUUGCUAAACAUUCCAACCACAAAAAUAAAGAAGAGGGCUCAUUUGAUGAUCAAAAAUUUCUGUCUAUAUUAAGGAGUCCAGAAGAAGACGAAGAUACUAGUAUUAUACUUGGUGCUCCUGCUAAAAAUAAAGAAGUUCUUGAUAAACACUCUUCUGGAGAUUCUACAAGCAAUUCUAGAAAAACAGAUGAUGAUAGCUGGCUUUCUUCAGAAGAGGAACAACUAGGCUCCAUUCCCAAGAAACCAGAAAAACCAAGUUUGGCUCAGUUAAUGAAAGUUCCAUGGGACUUCUUGAAACAAUUAGAUGAGAAAGAUUGCACUAUCCAAACAGAACCCUUAGGCAGUUCACAGCAAAAUAAAGCAGAUUAUGAAUUUGAAGAAUGCAAUGAAUCCCUUCCUAAGCCUUUGUUCCAAGUCAAAACCUUCCCUCAUUCUGUCCAUUCCUCACCUGGCUCCGUUUCCAAAUGUUCCCAGAGAACGUUGCAUUCUAAACAGGAGAAACCUUCAAAAGAUGAAGAAGGUGGUGAACAAGAUAUUGCCAAUAAAAAAAGUAUUGUUUGUAGGCAGUCUUGGAAUAUCUCACCCAAAGCUAAAUCAACUUUGGAUGAGGACAAAGAUAAAGAGGAGAAGUGUACAGAAUCUUCAUGGGAUUCAGAAUGUACUUCAGAGAGCCCCAGGAAGCCAACUAUUAGUUCUUUGCCUACAUCUCCUGCCAAAACUGGAAUACACAUGCCCAAUAUUAUAGAAGAACCAUUUAAUGGAAAACCAGGUUUGCAGCAAAACAUCACAAAAGAAAACUUGGUAUGUGAAUCACCUGCUCCUGUUCUAAAGAAGGCAGUCAUAGAAAAGCAAAAAUCAGAUUUAAUGGAAGAACUUGGUUUGGAUGAAGCAGAUGAUAUUGAAGAUACAUCUGACUGGGAUUCUACCAGUAUUUCUCUUAAAAGCACUCCAUGUGCUAAACCAGCUGACAUGUUUAUGUUGGAAGAGCAUGUAUCUCCACAACAAUUAAUAGAAACAAAUGUUACACCUGAAAUCUCCGUGCCUGUGAAGGAAGACUCAGAUACUCAAAACAUAAUUUCUUUGAAAGGUCAGCAAUAUAUUGAACACAAAACUAUCAAAGAAUUUAAAAGUAAAAGCAAGGAAAAAUGCCUGUUAAACACAUCCAGUUCUGUAGAAAAAUCAACACAUGAAAAACAGACUGACAAGACUAAAAUUGAAUAUGCUGAUGAUGAAAAUAUAAGUGAAGCACUCAUCCAUAGCGAAGAAGCACAUAAUGUCUGCAAUCAUUUUGAUUCAAUACAUUGGGAAGAAAAAUAUGAAAAAAUGUGGGUUGCAAAUGAAAAAAAAGAAGUUAAGGAAAAUUUUAAGAGUAUUACAGCAGAACUAAAACAGAAGUUUGGUGAAAUUAAAGUUUAUGAGAAAAUGAGUAGCACUCCAAGCAAAGCAACAUCACGAGAUGGCUUCUGUGGUGCAGUAGAAGGCAUAGAAGAAACAUCACUUCAUCUACAAAACAUAAAAGUGGAUAAUCAAGGAAAGGUUGACAUUAAAGAUGUAAGAUCUGGUGUUGCAGAAAGGGAAUUAAAUACUGAUGACUGGAACACAAAUGAGAACCUGCUGUCUAAUAAUUCAAAUGGAACAACAGUAAACAUCAGUGAAGAAAGGAGUAACAAUUCAAUUAUACAACUGAAAGCAAAUGAAGGUGGAACUAGAGCAGCAGAAAAAUGUCUUGAAUAUUCAUUGCAAAGUCAUGGAGACAUUACCAAAGAUAAAGUUUUUAAAACUAUAGAUGCUAAUCAACCAAUUACCCCCAGCAACUUAUAUAAACAUAUUAGUGUAACAAAAAAUCCAAGUGAAGAAAUUGAAUACCAUUUUAAUAAGACUUUCAAUAGUUCUAAAGGUACUGAUAUUGAAAUUGCAAAUAAAACGAAAAAUCAUAAACAAGUAUGUCCUCAGAUAUCAAAAAAAGAUCUGGAUGAAGAAUUAGAAGGUGAUGUUGCAAGAUUUAAAAAUCAGGUAGGAAUACUGCAUUCAGCUUUCCUCGCUUUGGAGAAAGAAAAGAACCAACUGCAAAAAGAGAUUGAAGAGGAAAAAAUAAAAAAGGAAUUGGAAUCUGAAGGGGAAAAAAAUGCUAAUGCUGAAAUGCUGGCUGUGAAUAAUUUUGAGAAAAUAGAGCAGAAGCAUUCAAUAAGUGAAAUCCAACAUAUUACAGCAGAAAGUGUUUUCCCAGCAGAUAAAAAGGAAGCAAUUUUUCCAGGUUUAAAAGCUACAAGAAAAAGUGGAAAUAAAAGGCGGAAUUCUAAACACAAGGUCAGUCAACAGCUUUGUAAUAAUCAGCCACAAGAUGAGAGCAGUUUGAGUGAAGCAUCACUUGAAGAAAGAUAUCCAGCCAAAUCUGUGAAUAGAAAAAAUAAGCUUUAUAGAACAUUGAGUAUUGCUAAUGAUCUGGAUGACUUAACUCCAUCUUCAGAUUCAACUCCAGAGGAUAUUGAGUCACUUUCUUCCAUUUAUAAGGAAGCUGUAGUGCUGAUAGAAGAACUUAGUUUAGAUUGUAAAGCAGAUUCUGUAAAUCUCUUGAAAAUUCAGAAUAUAAUUCAUGGAUACGAACGACUAAUUGAACAAGAGAAGGGGCAUUAUACUCAAUUGCUUGAAAAAGUAAAAAAAUUUGAAAAUCAGAAAAAUGAAUGGCAAAAAAAUCUGGAAGACUUGAAAGAUAUGAAAUCUAUAUUGGAUCAUCAAAAAGUACAAUAUGAAAGUGAAAUCACCAAUCUAAAAUUUUGUCUGAAACAAGAAGAAGAAAAAAGAAUGGGAGCUGAUAUACUACAUGAGAAAAAUCAAGAACAGUUAAGGAAGAAAGAUGAGCAGUACUGUACGCAAAUGGAAGAAAAACAACAGCUUGAAUUGAUGUUGAGAAGCAAAGAAAUGGAGUUAAAAACACUAACAAACCACCUGAAACAGGUUGAAGAAGAACGUAAUGAAACACAGAGACAACUUUGUCAAGAACAAAAUGCGAGAGCCAUACAAGAAGAUAUUUUAAAUACCCACUUCUGGAGGCGGAAGGAAUUGGAAGAAGAAUCAAAAAAAGAAGCAACUAAACACUCAGAGAUCAUUGAUAAUCAGGACCAUGAAAAUGAAUUAUUACACAGAAAUCAAAUACUCCAAGAUGAACUUGCUGUAUUAAAAUUAGAACUUGAUCGCAUCAGGAUUCAGCACCAGGAGGAUGAAAGCAAAUAUUUGGAAGAAAAUGAAAGUUUGAAAGAAAAAAAUGAAGAACUUAAAAAAGAACUGAAACUAAAUGAAGACGCUUUGACUCAAACAGUUUUCCAAUACAAUGGACAAAUAAAUGUAUCAAAAACUGAGGUUGCAAUGUUAGCAUCCAAAUUGGAGCAUUUCAAGGAAAAUAAAGAAAGAUUGGAAAUAGAACUUGAUUCACUACGUUCUCGUUUGAGUUCUGCUCUUCAGGAACUUGAUCGUUGUCAGGUAUCAAAAAGUGAUCUUGAACGGUUGCUUCAGCGAGAGAGGGAUGAAUGGCUCCGCUUAAAAGACAAAUUGAAUCAUGACAUAUGUACUGUACGAGAAACAAACAGUGGCUUGUCUCAACAGUUAGGGAAAGCUGAAAGUAAAGCUAAUAGUCUAGAAAAUGAGCUUCACCAUGCAACUCACAGUCUCCGGGAAAAGAACUUGCUGUUAGAUAGUAUUCAAAGGGAUCUAAAUCAGUCACAGUGCCAACUGAAAGAACGUGAAAAUGCACAACAAGUCGCAAAGGAACAACUAAGCAAAUAUGUAAUAAAACAGGAAUCUAUGCAAGAACGUCUAGCACAAGUCCAAAGUGAAAAUCUCUUACUUCGACAACAGCUUGAAGAUUUUCAGAACAAGGGCAUUAUCAAAGAAAAAGCAGUGACUGAUGUUCAAGAUAAAUUCAGUGAUAUUUUUAAUAAGCUCAGAGCUGACACUGAAAAGCAGGUUGAGAUGAUGGAAGAGAGAAAUAAAGAAUUAAUCACAAAAUGUAAUAAUUUAAAGGACCAAGUCAUUAAAUAUGAAUCUGAAAAAAUAGACAGAGAGAGUACAAUAAGGCAAUUGCAACAAGAACUUGCAGAUUCCCUCAAAAAGCAAUCCAUGACAGAAGCUUCAUUGGAAGUUUCAACACGUUAUCGUAUUGACUUGGAGGAGGAUAAACAGCAAUUUCUGAAGGAAAUAGAAAGGAUGAAAUGUAAGUUGCAAGAUUCAGAAGUACAGACUAUCCAGUGUGAAAGAUCUACUCGUGAAUUAAGACAUGCUUUGGAUAUUAAGGAACGUGAAGCAAGUGCGGCAUCUCAGAAACUACAGGAUCUUCUUGUAGCAUCAUCAGGAACAAACAAUACUAUAAAACAAUUAGAAGAGCACAUACAGAGACUUGAAAUAGAAAAUGCCAGAUUGGAAGCUACAACAAACCAGCAAAGUAAUAGAAUUGAAAUACUUCAAAAAGAUCUACAGGAUAGUGUUUCUGUUCAUAAUCAUCUUGAGGAAUUGAUAACCAGCUUACAGACAGCAAAAAUCAAUCUAGAGGAACAAUUAAACCACCAGGUCCAGAAGGAAACUAUGCUUUCAGUAACUGCACAAGAUGCUCAGAAUUUGUGGAAAGAAGAACUGAAAUUAAAAUCAAAACUUGGGAUUCGUCUUUCUGAGCUUGACAAGGAAAAGACAGAACUAAUAUCUCAGUUUGAGAAUGAAAAGAAAAGAGUAAAGAAGGUACUAGAAUUAAAGCGAUCAGUGGAAAUGCGCCUAGAUCAAGAAAUGAAAAGGAACAGUGAAUUACAAAAAGAAUAUAAUGGUAUAAAAAAAGUUCUAAAAAUAACCAAAAAGAAGUUAAAAGGUUCUGAGAGUGGAGAAAGUUCAUCGCAAAUCAGCUUACAUGGAAAAAUAAAUAAUAAAUAUUCAGAAAUCGACAAUGAAGUUGGAAAACUAAGAAAAAGGAUUGAUGAACUUUCUCACCGUUUGGAGGUUGAGUCAACAAGAAAUACCCAUCUGGAAUCUACCAUUUGUGAACUGCGUGAACAAUUAGCAUCUAUGAAGAUAUUCCAUAAGAAGCAUGAAAAAAUAGAAAAAAGCAAAUUGCAACUAGAAGAAGAGGUAGCUAAUCUCAGACGUCAAGUACAGAGUAACUUAAUAGCUCUCAGCCAAGUGGAACAACACAAGAGAGAGAUCGAAGAACGAGCUAAACAAGAGAUAAGACAAAAACUGGAAGAAGUCAAUUUCUUUUUGCAGACACAGGCUGCUUCUCAAGAAACUUUGGAACAAAUAAGAGCUACUAGUGAUGCUUCUUUGAGAAAUCAAUUGGAGAACAGAAUUAAAGAAUUAGAAUCAGAGUUGGCCAAAUUUAAAAAAAGCCAUCAAGAUAGCAUAUUACAAAAAGAAUCUACACAAACAGAAUUGGAAAGAUAUAAAGAACUUCAGAAGAAGUAUUCAGAAGAACUAAAAAUACGGAAAUCUUUGGAGAGCAAAUUGGAUAGAGUUAAUGCAAAAUUAGCAGAAGCCAACACUCAACUGUAUCAGGAGCGUCACAAAAACAAGUCUUUACUUGCCAACAGCUUUAUAAGUGGAAGCCUUUCUUCAAGUCCUGUCCUGGAAACAGUUCAGAUGGGAAAUCUUGGCAACAGUUUAGCAUUAAAUAAAUCUCUUAAUCUUGGAGGAGGAUUCCUGAACACAAAGGGAACUGCAUUAGCCUCAAAAAACAGAGUGGAAGCUUAUUUAGCAAAGAGACACUUAUGCAGAAUUUACAAAUAGCUGGAGUAGCUGCAAGAAAGUAAAGUAAGACAGAAGGCAUGGAACCUGUCGGUUCUCAGUGGAAAAGGCAUACUCUAGGACAGAGGUUUCAGCACAAAAGGUAUACUUCCAAAGAGUCCAAGAUGGCAAUGCUUAAGAAACAGGAUCUGGAAUAUGGUGCCCUAUUCCUUCUGUUGGGAUGGGCAGAAAGGGAGAGGCGUUUCACAGUUCUACAAUUGUACUUUGAUGAUGAUGAUGAUAGCAGCAACAAUGCCUUUAAUUCUCUCCAUUAGUUUGCUAUCACUAUAAACUGGUAAUAAGGUAUACUGUAAUUUAACACUUCAUGUAAUAACAAGAAAGGAACAAUGAAACAAAAUAGUGAAGUGUAUAAUAAAUUGCUAACAUAUAAUGAAUUAAAGAAUGAACAUAACAUUUUAUUUUGAAACUUCCUACAACAAGUUCAGUAGUAAACAAAUUAGUCCAAAAUGAAAGGGGAAGAAAAGGAAGUAGAGAUAAUAAGCAGAGGUGGGUUCUAUUUUUUUUUACUACUGGUUCUGUGGGCGUGGCUUGAUAGUCAUGUGACACUGGCCGUGGCUUGGCAGUCAUGUGACUGGGUGAGAGUGGCUUGGCAGUCAUGUGACUGGGUGGGCGUGGCCAAUUAAAAAUAAUAAAGUAUACAAAACAAUAAGAGGUACCAAAAACCAACUUUCACACUUUACACCCACGCAGCACAACACAACUGACUCACAGACAAUGUAAAAGCAGCUGCACUUCACCCAAAAUGGCCCCUGCAACAAGCAGGAACCUCACACAGCCACAAAAAGCUCAAAAACCAACUUUCACACUUCACACACACAGCGCAACACAAUACAACUGACUCUCUCUCACACACACAAAAUGCCACAUACAGCUUUGUGAGAUUUUGUGUGUUUGUGUAGUUAGAGUGAAACACUUCAGAAACACCAAAUCUCAGAAAGCUGCACAAAUAUUUUAUUAUUUUAUUUUAUCUAUAUUUUUUUGAUCAGGGGUCUUCAACCUUAGUAACUUUAAGGUUUGUGGACUUCAACUCCCAGAGUUCCUCAGCCAGGAAAGCUGGCUGAA